AAACUGCCGCCCAUGGACGUCACUGUCGCAAAACGAGAAGAAGAAAAAAAAACUCGUGUCCGCUUCGCUUUACGGCAGAAUGUAAUUCCAAAAAAAAGAACAGUCGACAUGGCGUCCUCGGUGAUAUGCAGGGAAACACAGAGCAGGGUGAGCUCUGUGCUCAACAGAGAUGUGAAGCAGUACGGGAAGAAGUUCAUGUUCGACUGUAAUGAAGAGACGUGCUGGAACUCAGACCAGGGUGAAUCUCAGUGGGUGUCUCUGGAGUUCCCCCAGUCCGUCAGGGUGUCCGAGGUAAAGGUCCAGUUCCAGGGAGGCUUCUCGGCAAAAACAUGCCGACUAGAAGGAUGUCCAAAAGAUGGAGACUUUACGGCGAUCAGCCAUCUUUACCCAGAAGACAACAACUCACUUCAGAGUUUUCCCAUACAGGAGGCCCCUGCAGUGGACAAAGUAAAAAUAAUGUUUGAGAAUAGUGCCGACUUUUUUGGGAGAAUAAUUGUGUAUUCCUUGGACAUCCUGGGGGAAAAGGCUUCGUGACCAUUUUUUAACCCUCUCAUGAGAGAGGAAGUGACCCCUGGGUAAAGUACACGGGAUGGUGUGGUGGCACUUGGGAAACAUGUCAUCUGCACUGCCACCUACUCAACUGAUGUGAAUGUGGCCUUUUUUGGAAUGGGUUCGCUAUCGGGGAUCCGACAGGCAAUCUCUCUUCAUCACCCGAACAGUGGAGGCUUUGCGUGGAGUCUGAACCAGAGUUAUAAUCGCAGAGUCAGUGGGUCUGUUGUGAUGAUGAAAAUACUUGUAAUAUGUGCCUAUUUACAUAAGUGGCAUUCCAGAAGAACAAACGGUAUAAAAAUACAUUUUUAUUCAAA